GAAAUUUGAGGUUAUCUCUCUGAUGGUCACGUCACUGUCAGCACUAAGUAAACGCGAAGAUUAUACUUUUAUAUAAAGGAAAAUUAGUUCACUCUCUUAAAUUUAGAUUUUAAAUUGAUUUUAUGAUUAGAUAAAUUUCGGGUUUGUACACCUGUUUCCGAAAAGUGAAAGUUGAUAAAUGUUGCUACGCAAGCUCGGUGAAGUUUUUAUUAUCAAACCACCGAGUUCCCCAUCAGCUGUUUCAAAAUCUCCGAUCCUUUGUAACAAUUAUUAUAAUUCCAUUUAUAAGAAUUAUUCCACUUCACGUGUUACAAUGUCUCGACCAAAAAUUCUUGUCACACGACCCGAUAUUCCUGCCAUCGGGUUCGAUUUACUUAAGAAAGAAUGCGAUUUGAUUGUGGGAGAUAAUUGCGACCAGAUUUCUCGAUCAGAGCUGAUAUCAAAAAUAUCUGGAGUUGAUGGUCUGUACUGUCUUCUUUCUGACAAAAUUGACGAAGAGGUAUUAAAUGCAGCUGGUUCAAAAUUAAAAGUGGUGGCCACGAUGUCGGUUGGCGUCAAUCAUUUGGACUUGAAAGCCUUGAAAGAGAGGAACAUCUACGUUGGUUACACUCCGGGUAUUUUAACAAACGCAACUGCUGAACUUACGAUAGGAUUGCUCUUGGCUACUUCCAGAAGAUUAAUUGAGGGUCACAAAGCGAUUUUGAAAAAAGAAUGGAAGUCUUGGGGACCAACCUGGAUGUGCGGUCCAGGAUUGGAAAAUUCGACGAUCGGAAUUGUUGGCUUGGGUAGAAUUGGUGCUCAAGUGGCAGAAAUUCUCAAGCCUUUCAGAGUGUCAAAAAUCCUCUACACGAGCCGUAAAGUGAAACAGGAAGCUUCCAAGUUUGGAGGACAACACGUCGAUCUCGACACUCUUUUGAAGGAAAGCGAUUUUGUGAUUGUGACCAUCGCUUUGACACCGGAAACUACCGAGUUGUUCAACAAAGAAGCCUUCGACAAAAUGAAAAAGACGGCUGUUUUUAUCAAUGUCAGUCGAGGCGAAGUUGUUCAUCAGCCCUCGUUGAUCGAAGCAUUGAGGAAUAAAAAAAUCUGGGGUGCUGGUCUCGAUGUGACAACUCCUGAGCCAAUUGGUCCAGAGCAUGAAUUACUUCAACUGGACAAUUGUGUUGUAAUUCCUCAUUUGGGCAGUGCCAACAUUGCAACAAGGGAAGAAAUGGCUAAAAUAACUGCCAAUAAUAUUCUAUCUGCCCUCAAAAAUAAACCGGAAGAAAUGCCAGCUCGACUCGAACUUUGAUGGUAAAAAAAAAAA